UGGGGGAUCAGAGCUUAAAUCAGCUCCAGUUCCUUGUUGCUUUACACACCACCCUGUUUAAAAACAGCCACGCGCUUUCUUUCAAGGAUUUUCAAAGGACUUGAGCGCAGAAAGAUCCCAGUUUACCGGCGGACCGGUGCAGCGCAAAAAAAAAGGAAACAGAUAGUUUGUCAAAUUCAGUUGGUCCCAGCGCUGGGGGUGGCUGCACACCGAAGCUGCAGGCUGUGAAAUUCCCGGAAGUGGAGCGAGUUAAAAAGGAGGUGGCACUAUGAGCACGCAUGUGCAGAGGAGGGAGCCAGAGCAGUAUUUUCAGCAGCAGCAACAAGGGGACAAAGACGUCGAGAUGCCGGUGACCGAGAAGGAUUUGGCCGACGACGCUCCGUGGAAGCGGAUUCAGCAGAACACGUUCACAAGGUGGUGUAACGAGCACCUGAAAUGUGUGAACAAGCGCAUCCACAACCUGCAGAGCGACCUGGCGGACGGGCUGCGGCUCAUUGCCCUGCUCGAGGUGCUGAGCCAGAAGAAAAUGUACCGCAAGUAUCACCAGAGACCCACCUUCAGACAAAUGCAGCUGGAGAACGUGUCCGUGGCGCUCGAGUUCCUCGAUAAGGAGAAUAUCAAACUGGUGUCUAUCGACAGCAAAGCCAUUGUGGAUGGGAAUCUGAAACUCAUUCUAGGACUCAUAUGGACUUUGAUUCUUCACUACUCGAUUUCCAUGCCUGUUUGGGAUGAUGAAGGAGCUGAUGACACUAAAAACCAGACACCCAAACAGAGACUAUUGGGAUGGAUUCAGAAUAAGCUGCCUGAUUUACCAAUCACCAACUUCAGCAAUGAUUGGAAAGAUGGAAAAGCCUUGGGUGCUCUGGUUGAUAGCUGUGCUCCAGGUUUGUGCCCUGACUGGGAGAUCUGGGAUGCAGCCAAACCAGUAGAUAAUGCACGUGAAGCUAUGCAGCAAGCAGAUGACUGGCUUGGAGUUCCACAGGUGAUUGCCCCAGAGGAAAUCAUACACCAAAAUGUUGAUGAACAAUCAGUGAUGACUUAUCUGUCACAGUUCCCCAAAGCCAAACUUAAACCUGGAGCCCCCUUGAAACCCAAGUUGAAUCCCAAGAAAGCAAGGGCUUAUGGCCCAGGAAUUGAGCCUGUGGGUAAUGUUGUGAUGCAUCCUGCUACAUUCACUGUUGAAACAAUCAGUGCUGGGCAAGGUGAGGUGAUGGUCUUUGUGGAUGAUCCAGAGAAUCACCGAGAGGAGGCAAAGGUGACCAAUAACAAUGACAAGAACAAGACUUACUCUGUGGUUUAUGUACCAAAGGUUGUGGGAUGUCAUAAGGUAACAGUUUUGUUUGCUGGACAGCACAUAUCUAAGAGUCCUUUUGAAGUCAACAUUGACAAGGCCCAAGGUGAUGCCAGUAAAGUGACUGCAAGAGGACCUGGUUUGGAAUCGGCAGGAAACAUUGCCAAUAAGCCAACCUACUUUGAUAUUUAUACAGCAGGUGCUGGAGUUGGCAAAAUUGCAGUGGUGAUAGUGGACCCUCAGGGUAAUACCAACACUGAAUUAACGAUUGAAGAUAAGGGGAACAAUAAUUAUCGGUGCAGUUACAGACCUGUGCAAGCAGGGCACCACACAAUCCAAAUUGCAUUUGCUGAAUCACCAAUACCUAAGAGUCCAUACUCUGUCACUGUAGGUGAAGCUUGUAACCCCAAUGCUUGUCGUGCUACUGGACGUGGCCUACAACCUAAAGGACUGAGAAUUCGCCAAGUUGCUGACUUUAAAGUUUAUACUAAAGGAGCUGGAAGUGGUGACCUGAAAGUGAUGGUAAAGGGACCAAAAGGCUUGGAGCAGCCUGUGAAGCAAAAGGAUCUUCUGGAUGGAGGGGAUGCCUUUUCCUAUGAGUACUAUCCUGUCACACCUGGGAAACACAUUGUCACUAUUACAUGGGGUGGCCAUAACAUUCCCAGGAGUCCUUUUGAAAUUCAGAUUGGACCUGAAGCAGGUCCUCAAAAAAUACGAGCCUGGGGACCUGGCCUUGACGGAGGAGUUGUUGGCAAGUCAGCAGACUUUGUAGUAGAAACUAUUGGAACAGAUGUUGGUGUGCUAGGUUUUGCAGUAGAGGGUCCCUCUCAAGCUAAGAUUGAAUGUGAUGAUAAGAGUGAUGGCUCCUGUAAUGUAAGCUAUUGGCCAACGGAACCUGGAGAAUAUGCAGUGCAUGUUUUGUGUGAUGAUGAGGACAUCGUGGACAGUCCUUUCAUGGCCACCAUCCAACCUGCAUCAAGUGCCUUCCAUCCUGAUAAGGUUAAAGCCUAUGGUCCUGGCUUGGAGAAAACUGGUUGCAUUGUUCACAAACCAGCUGAGUUCACAGUGGAUGCUAAAGAUGCUGGGAAGGCUCCACUGAAAAUUUACGCACAAGAUUCAGAGGGUAUUCCUAUCAAUGUUCAAGUAAAGAAUAAAGGCGAUGGAAUAACAAACUGCUGCUACACUCCUACCAAGCCAAUCAAACACACUGUUGCAGUUGCUUGGGGAGGAGUCAAUGUUCCCAACAGCCCAUUCAGAAUUAAUAUUGGUCAGGGGAGCCAUCCACAAAAGGUCAAGGUUUUUGGUCCAGGUGUCGAAAGAACUGGUUUGAAAGCUAAUGAGCCGACUCAUUUUACUGUGGAUUGCACAGAAGCUGGGGAAGGUGAUGUCAGUGUUGGCAUAAAAUGUGAUGCUCGUGUAAUUAGUGAAUCUGAGGAGGACAUCGAAUUUGACAUAAUUACCAAUCCUAAUGAUACUUUCACGGUGAAGUAUAUGCCACCAGCUGCUGGGCGUUACACCAUUAAAGUGCUAUUUGCUGGUCAGGAAAUUCCAAUUGGUUCUUUCAGAGUUAAAGUGGAUCCGUCACACGAUGCCAGCAAAGUUAAGGCUGAUGGUCCAGGAUUAAAUAAAACUGGAGUAGAACUUGGGAAGCCAACCCAUUUCACUGUGUUUACAAAGGGUGCUGGGAAGGCACCACUUCACACACGCUUCAGUGGACUUGCAAAAGGAGAUGCUGUCUGUGAUUUUGAAAUAAUUGACAAUUAUGACUACUCUCAGACAGUCAAGUAUACACCACUACAGCAGGGCAACAUGGGAAUUGCUGUGACCUAUGGCGGUGAUCCAAUUCCUAAGAGUCCCUUCAACAUAGAAGUAGCAUACCCACUUGACAUGAACAAGAUCAUGGUUAAUGGUCUUGAGAACAGAGUAGAAGUUGGGAAAGAUCAGCAGUUCACCAUAAACACAAAGGGAGCAGGGGGCCAAGGUAAAGUGGAUGUGGUGAUCUCCAGCCCUUCCCAGAAACCUGUGCCCUGUGUGGUGGAGUCAGUUACCAGUAAGGAUGCUUGUGUUGCCAAGUACAUCCCCAAGGAAGAAGGACUAUACAUGGUAGAUGUAAUGUAUGACAGGAAUCCAAUUGUAGGCAGCCCAUUCACUGUGGAAGCUGAACUACCUCCAGAUCCUUCAAAGGUAAAGGCCUAUGGGCCGGGCCUUGUAAGUGGUGUUGUCGGCAAAUCUGCCGAGUUCACCAUAGAUACCAAAGGAGCCGGCACUGGUGGGUUGGGUCUCACUGUGGAAGGUCCAUGUGAAGCCAAAAUUGAGUGCUCAGACAAUGGGGAUGGAACUUGUUCAGUCUCUUAUUUACCAAACGAAGCUGGUGAAUAUCUUAUUAAUAUUCUGUUUGAAGAAGUUCACAUUCCAGGCUCUCCAUUCAAGGCAGAUGUGAAAUUGCCCUUUGACCCUUCCAAAGUUAUUGCCUCUGGUCCUGGUUUGGAACAUGCUAAAGUUGGAGAAGCUGGACUAUUUACUGUUGACUGUUCAAAAGCUGGUCCUGGCCAAUUGACCAUUGAACCAGUAUCAGAUAAAGGUGUUCAGGCUGAAGCCCAUAUUCAGGAUAAUGGUGAUGGCACUCACACAGUCAGCUACAUUCCACUUCAGCAAGGUCUACACACAAUUGCACUGAAGUAUGGAGGGCAAUCUGUGCCCAAAUUUCCAGUACAGUUGCAGGUGGACCCAGCAGUUGAUACAAGUGGUGUAAAAGUAUAUGGACCUGGAAUCGAAGGACGUGGAGUUUUCUGUGAUGCUACAACUGACUUUACAGUGGAUGCGAGUUCAUUGACCAAGAUGGGAGGAAACCACAUCAAAGCAGGCAUCAUAAAUCCUUCAGGAGCUCGCACCGAUUGUCUGAUUAAGGAUAAUGGAAAUGGGACAUAUGCAGUGGAAUACACUCCAUAUGAAAAAGGUAUGCACUCUGUUGAUGUAACCUAUGACAAUGCGCCAGUUAUGAAUAGCCCAUUCAAGGUAGGAGUCACAGAAGGAUGUGACCCGUCACGUGUCUCAGCAAGUGGACCUGGACUUCAGGAGGGCUUGACCAACAAACUGAAUAAAUUCUCUGUAGUAACAAGAGGGGCAGGUACUGGUGGCCUUGGGAUUACUGUUGAAGGACCUUCAGAGGCAAAGAUCUCUUGUAAGGACAACAAAGAUGGCAGCUGCAGUGUUGAAUACACCCCUUACACCCCUGGAGAUUAUGAUUUGAAUAUUACCUAUGGAGGGCAGCACAUAACUGGUAGUCCAUUUAAGGUACCAGUCAAAGAUGUUGUGGAUCCAAGCAAAGUGAAGUGUAGUGGGCCUGGGCUGAGUUCAGGAGUACGAGCCAAAGUUCCACAACAUUUCACAGUGGACUGUAGCAAGGCUGGAAAAGCUCCCCUUCAUGUAACUCUGUUAGGACCAAAAGGCAUAAUUGAGCCUGCUGAGGUUAUUGACAAUGGUGAUGGCACUUACACCGUCAGCUACACACCUUCACUUGAAGGGUCACAUUCAGUUUCUGUCCAGUAUGGAGACGAAGACAUUCCUCGCAGUCCUUUCAGGGUUAAGGUGCUGCCAACUCAUGAUGCCAGCAAAGUGAAAGCCAGUGGACCAGGCCUUAAUUCUUCUGGUGUACAAGCUAGUUUACCUGUGGAAUUUACCAUUGAUGCCAAAGAUGCUGGAGAAGGACUCCUUUCAGUACAUGUAACUGAUCAAGAAGGGAAGCCAAAGAAAGCUAAUAUCCACAAUAAUAAUGAUGGCACCUACAAAGUUUCCUACAUACCAGACAAGGCUGGACGUUACACCAUUGUAAUCAAAUACGGAGGUGAUGAGAUCCCAGCAUCUCCUUACCGAAUCCGUGCAGCAGCUACUGGUGAUGCCAGCAAGUGUACAGUGUCAGGUUCUGGCCUUGGGCCCACCGUUCAGCUGGGAGAAGAACUGGGAAUGAAGGUAGAUGCGAAAACUGCAGGCAAGGGCAAAGUCACCUGCACAAUCUGCACCCCUGAUGGGACUGAAGUGGAGGCAGAUGUUAUUGAAAAUGAUGAUGGAACUUAUAACAUCUUCUAUACAGCACCUGAAAAAGGAACCUAUAUUGUUUAUGUCCGCUUUGGAGGAGUGGAUGUUGCCAACAGCCCAUUCAGUGUAGUGGCCACAGAUGAAGUUCCAAUAGUGCCACAGCAGCUGGUACAGCAGCAGCAGCAAUCUCUAAAUGCAUAUCCCCCUGGCUUCCAACCCUGGGUUCUUGAUGGAGCCUAUACACCAGUUGAUGGAAUGGAUGGCCUGGGCUUGAAACCUUUUGAUGUUGUCAUUCCUUUUGCUCUCAGGACAGGGAACAUCACAGGUGAAGUUCACAUGCCUUCAAAAAAAACUGCUAAGCCUGAAAUCAUUGAUAAUAAGGAUGGCACCGUGACUGUCAAAUAUGCUCCAACUGAGGCUGGACUACAUGAGAUGCACAUCAAAUACAAUGGCAGUCACAUUCCAGAGAGUCCACUACAGUUCUUUGUGAAUUAUGAAGGUGGUGGACAUGUGUCAGCAUAUGGCCCAGGUCUUGUCUAUGGUGUCGUCAACAAACCAGCUACUUUUACAAUUGUAACUGAAGAUGCUGGAGAAGGAGGUCUGGACUUGGCCAUUGAGGGACCUUCCAAGGCAGAAAUCAAUUGUGUAGAUAACAAAGAUGGUACCUGUACAGUCUCUUACCUCCCAACCCUGCCAGGUGAUUAUAGUAUCCUUGUCAAGUACAAUGAAAAACAUAUUCCUGGAAGCCCUUUCACUGCCAAAGUUACAGAUGACAGCAGACGAAGAUCACAAGUUAAGGUUGGUUCAGCUGCUGACAUCUCCCUGGACAUCAAUGAAAGUGACCUUAGUUUGCUAUCUGCCAGCAUUAAAUCCCCAUCUGGCCAAGAUGAGCCAUGUCUGCUGAAGAGACUGUCAAACAACCACAUUGGUAUCUCCUUUAUCCCACGGGAAGUAGGUGAACAUCUUGUCAGCAUAAAGAAAAAUGGUAGGCAUGUGGCAAAUAGUCCGAUUGCCAUUAUGGUUGGCCAGUCUGAAAUUGGAGAUGCCAACAGGGUUAAGGUCUCUGGACAAGGUUUGACGACAGGGCGUACAUUUGAAAUGUCCAACUUCAUUGUGGACACACGCGAUGCAGGCUAUGGAGGUCUUGCAUUAUCUAUUGAAGGCCCAAGUAAGGUGGAUAUUAAUACAGAAGAGACUGAGGAAGGCACCUGCAAAGUUUUCUACUGUCCAACUGAGCCAGGCACUUACAUUAUUUACAUCAAAUUUGCUGACGAACAUGUACCAGGGAGUCCAUUCACAGUCAAGGUAACUGGCGAAGGACGAAUGAGAGAGAGCAUCACUCGCAGAAGGCAGGCUGCAUCAGAAGCCAUGGUUGGAAGCAUCUGUGAUCUGAACUUGAAGAUUCCUGAAAUUGAUGUCCGUGACAUGUCUGCUCAAGUGAGCAGCCCCUCUGGAAAGUUGGAUGAUGCUGAGAUCACUGAAAGUGACAACCACACAUACUGUGUCCGGUUUGUGCCACAUGAGAUGGGUGUGCAUACAGUUAGUGUAAUGUAUCGGAACCGGCAUGUACCAGGCAGUCCAUUCCAAUUCACAGUGGGGCCACUUGGUGAAGGAGGAGCUCUCAAAGUGCGAGCUGGUGGCCCUGGUCUUGAGCAAGGAGAAGUAGGAGUCCCAGCUGAAUUCAGUAUCUGGACACGGGAAGCUGGUGCAGGUGGUCUUUCCAUUGCCGUGGAAGGACCUAGCAGGGCAGAGAUUGCAUUUGAAGACAGGAAGGAUGGAUCCUGUGGCGUGUCAUAUGUGGCACAAGAACCUGGAGAUUAUGAGGUGUCUAUCAAGUUCAACGAUGAGUACAUCCCUGGCAGUCCCUUUAUUGUUCCCAUCAUGGCUUCAUCAGAAGAUGCAAGCAGACUUACUGUUACUAGUCUUCAGGAGUCAGGAUUAAAAGUAAAUCAGCCAGUAUCCUUUGCUGUGAGACUGAAUGGUGCUAAGGGUUUGAUUGAUGCCAAAGUUCACAGCCCAUCAGGGGCAGUGGAGGAUACCCAUGUAUCUGAAAUCGAGCCAGACAAGUAUGCCAUUCGUUUCAUUCCUCAUGAGAACGGUGUCCACUCUAUUGAUGUCAAAUUCAAUGGCACUCACAUCACUGGCAGUCCAUUCAAAGUUCGAGUUGGGGAACCUGGGCAGACAGGAGACACGAGUCUUGUUUCAGCUUAUGGAUUAGGCCUUGAAAAAGGAACUACAGGUAUCCAAUCUGAAUUUAUUGUUAAAACUGCUAAUGCCAGCCCAGGCUCACUUAGUGUUGCAAUUGAUGGGCCAUCUAAGGUAAAAAUGGACUGUCGUGACUGCCCUGAAGGAUACAAGAUCCUGUACACUCCCAUGGCACCAGGAGACUACCAAAUUGGAAUUAAAUAUGGAGGACCCUAUCACAUUCUGGGUAGUCCUUUCAAGGCAAAAGUAGCAGGUGCUCGACUGAUUAGUGGUGGCAGUACACAUGAAAGCUCUUCUAUUAUGGUAGAAUCUGUGACCAAAUCCACUACUGUUAGCUCCUACAGUGCUGUCCCCAAAUUUUCUUCCGAUAGCAGCAAAGUGGUGUCUCGUGGCGCAGGUCUCUCCGUUGCGAACCUUGACCAGAAGAGCUGCUUCUCAGUGGAUUGUAGCAGAGCAGGUUCAAAUGUACUACUGGUUGGUGUUCAUGGACCCACAAUUCCAUGUGAGGAAGUAUCUGUGAAACAUGUUGGAAAUGAGCAAUAUAAUGUAACCUAUGUAGUGAAGGAGAGGGGAAACUAUACGCUGGUUGUAAAAUGGGGUGACGAACAUAUUCCUGGAAGUCCAUUCCAUAUUACAGUUCCUUAAGCAGGACACCUCCCUCUGUCUCUCUCAAUCUGGCUACUUCGAAUUCAACGCUCCAGUUCAGUAUCUUGAGUUUUCAAAAGACAUUGCAAUUGCACGAUGGCUUAAAAGCGACAAAAUGGAUGCCAUUAUUCAAAAAAAUGCUGUUGAAUCAGCAACUUCAAAGAAUGGAUUGGGUAAUAGGUAGAAUUGCCAUAGCUAUUGUAUGUAGAAACUGAAAAUUGUGUGGAUUUAUAUAUAAAUAUGAACUAAACUGGGUCAAUUGUAAAACUGGAUUAAUGUACUGGGAUUUCUUUUUUGCUAGCCCUGUAGUUUAGUCAGUCAUAAAUAGCUGUCUGGGCUUCAGAUGGACUCCAACUCAAUGUAAAAUGAGGGGAUACCAUUCUGAAAGUUUUUCUUGGAUGCCAUGCUUUAGUAUAAUAAUGAAAUGAGAGCUAGCUAUGCUGCUUGCUACCAUUUGAUUAGGGGGCACUUGCACUAUCUUGGAAGUUUUCCACAAGGAAUGUGCAAACUGAUCAAAAGAUUUUUGCAAUAUUAUUGGCUAAACAAGUGGAGACUCAGGAAUUCUGGCCUCAAUUUCUGCAAAAGCUGUCCAUGCAUAAACACUGAUCUUAAAUUAUUUGCUGCUGUGGUUGUCUUUAUCACAAUUUGCAAUGUCUACUGCAUGCUCUGUAAUAUCUGUCAUUUUAAAUAGAGGACUGGAUUGGAAUAAGAUGGCAGGCAAGGUGAGAUUUUGAGCACCCAAUUGGUAAAUGUAACUUCUGUCACCUAGUCCUACUUCCCCUGAAGCCAAUGCUUCUUUAAAAGGUAAAUUUGGGGUAACCAGCAAACCAGGCCAGCACCCCCCUUGUUGGACAUAUUUGGCCAAUCACAGAUAUUUUUCCUUCCUCUUAUUGAUCAGUAUUGCUGCAAUUUUAGAUGUACUUGGAUAUUCGUUCUUGGUGCUUCGGCCAAAAUGAACCGGCCCCAUGCAGCAAAGUUGAAAGUUGCUCACCUGAUUCUAGUGCAUAAUAUUUGGGUACAACAUGAAUAGGUCAGUUUGUCGUACAACUGAAUAUUUUUGUUUCAGUAGUUUAAAAGCUGCUAAAUUGCACAACUGUCUUUUAAAAGCUGAACUUAAAUCUAUUUAUACUCUGGCCUUAAUCUUACUAAACAUUUUUCUUGAAGCUGAUUUUGUUGUCAGACAUUGUAACUGAGUUUAAAACCUGGAGAAGAACGGAUUGUCAUUUUUACAAUGCUUUGUGCCUUACUGUGAAAAGCUUAAUGUAACUAGAAACUGACUCAAUAAACUUCAAUAAAUACA